UCUCUCUCUCUCUCUCUCUCUCUCUCUCUCUCUAUCUAUCUAUCUAUCUCUGAAUCAAUCCCAGCAUAAAAGCUCCCAUAUAACACCAAGCAUACACUUAUUUCUUGCACCAAAGAAACCCAUCAACCACAGAGCCAGCAACCUUAAGCAAAGGAGAAAAGAAAAUUUUUUGAGACUCAUUCUCAUCACUUGAAACGAGUUCCAUCCACCCUUCCAAAUUUAACCCAUCAAAGAGCAAAGAGAAAGAAAAGGAAAGAGAUCGAUCAUCAUGGAGAUUGAAUCUGUCAAGUGUGAGUGUUGUGGAUUGAAAGAGGAUUGUACCCAAGUCUAUAUAAGUGAAGUGAAGGAGAAAUUCGGUGGAAAAUGGCUAUGUGGGUUGUGUUCAGAAGCUGUUAGAGAUGAAGUUAGUAGAGGUAAAAAGGCAUUUGGAAUGGAUGAAGCAGUUAGAGCUCACAUGUCAUUUUGUGGUAAAGUGAAUUCAAAUCCAGCUGUUGGAGUUGCUGAUGGGAUGAGGCAGAUGCUGAGAAGACGCUCAGGAGACUUGUCCUCUUCACCAUCUUCUUCUAAGAAGUACACGAGAUCAGCGAGCACCAAACUCUACUGAUCAUUUGGGAGGGAUCUUAAUAACUUGCCUGCAAAAAUUAACAUGGAUGGUUAUGAUCUUGUCUUGUAUGUACAGGGGAAUGAAUGUUAUUUCAAAGGAGGCUUCUUCUUAGUUUUGCUUUUUUUUCACUUUUCAUUUUUGGUAUGCUUUUUCUUCUUCCUUUAUUGGCUAAUGAGACAAAAAUUUUCAAGGGAAGAUCCCCCCAAUUUCAUAUGAA